AUGGAUGAAGUGGACGUUGCGGUGCACAUUGAACCUCUCACCGAGGCCGUUAGAGACCUGAAAGACCAACUAAACGCCUUCGCGGCUGGCCUCACUUCUAAGAUCGACGCCCUCGCCGACAUGCAUACUCGCCAAAUCGACGCCCUCAACCGAAAAGUUGAACUCCUGUUGGAGAGGACGCAGCCGAGGUCUAACUGCCUAUUUUGCCCGAUAGCGGAUAACAAAGACUGCCACCCAACAGGCAGAUGUUGCCGUUACCCCGACGCCGUCUCACGAGCAGUUCAAGCAAAUAACCUUGGCCUCUGCAAUCGCUGUCUACAGCCUCGCCAUGGCGAGGACUGUGGAAUUCUCUGUACCUACUGCGGGCGAGAACAUAAUGUCCUGCUGUGCCCAAAUAAACUGUCGCAAUCAACGGCUUCGCUGAAAAGAAGGAAGUUCUAA